AUUAUGAGCGCUCUUGGACAGCAGCCAUCUCUCCCCCAGUCUGGUCCAGCUCAUCUCCACAGCGCGAGAGAGAUCCUGGAUAUGGCCGUGUACUGUGACAAGUUCGGUGCGUACCAGAACUUGCAGCAUCACAAUUCCCAGAGGCCGUCCACAAGUCCGCCAAAGUAUGGCUUCGGGGAGUGCGCUUCACUGAUCACCAAACCAUACAUUUGGCUGAACCACCAAGGCACCAACUCGUCACUGUAUGUUCCGGGAACGACUGGGGCUUCCUACAUCCCAUCAGGGUUCGGAGCGCACCAACAGCAAUUCUUGCGUGCGCCCGCCAGUUUGGGGAGCGCUGACCUGGGAUGGCUUUCUUUCCAAAGCCAGCAAGAACUUGCGAAAAUGGUCAGGCCUCCUUAUUCCUACUCAGCACUAAUAGCGAUGGCGAUCCAAAGUUCCCAAGAUAAAAAAGUGACGCUGAGUCAAAUCUACCAGUAUGUAGUGGACAACUUUACGUUUUACAAGAAAAGCAAGGCCGGGUGGCAGAACUCCAUUCGUCACAACCUGUCUUUGAACGACUGCUUCAAGAAAGUGGCACGCGAUGACGACGACCCCGGAAAAGGGAACUACUGGACCCUGGAUGAGAACUGUGAGAAAAUGUUCGAUAACGGCGCCUUCAGGAGAAAGCGGAAAAGGCGAGCAAACCUUAGCUCUAACGGAGAGCCCCUCAGAUGUGAAGAUGAUGCCGCCGGACGUAAGCUUUCAAGUACAGACGGCAUCUCAAGUUCACCUCCCCAGAUUCUGAAGCAUUUCCCAACCUCAACAGAAUCAAAAUCACCCCCAUCCAUGGAACACAGUCAGUGCUUCAACGCCUUCGUCUCCAAUAUGAACACUGUGCUUGGUGGGAGCCAUGGCUUAAACGGCAGACAGUUUGGUUCAGGGCUUUUGGAGGAUUUGACUCCAAACAAGGAUAACUUGUCGGGACAUGGUUUGUACUCGCCAAGUCAAAGCUCGCUGCUGAAAUAUGAUUCCAGUAACACGAACCGAAACAGACUGGUUUGCAACCCACCGACAGAAAGCGGACACUUGGGGGGUACCCUCACAAAUCGUUUUAGUGACAGCAAUUUAGUCUACGGUCAAGGUGGAACUGAGGUUUAG